AUUCCGCGCCGCCACCCGCCACACAGCUCGUUCUGACUCGCCGUCGCCACUACCUCCCGGCCGGCCGGCCGCCGCCACACCGGACGGCUCGCCGCGAAAUCCGGCCGCCUCCGUCGACCUUGGCUUCGCAGGCCGCAUCCCACACCACUUGCCGCGCGUCGCACCGCUCGCCGCGUGCUCACAGCUCCGCCACUGUUCAGGCAUCAAACAUGUCGCAGCGGCGGCUGCUCUUGCUCAUGCGGAACGUCCGUCUAGCCGCCGCGUCAUCUUCUAGGAGCUUCCACCUACCCGCCGUGGCCUCCAUCUCAGGUUCUAAUGAUGGUAACUCCAGUUAUAGUUUUAAUCGGCGGUUGGGUUCAACGUUUGGCGCUAUACUGAUUGGACAGGCAGCUUUUUUUCUUGGCCUUGGCAACAACUGUGUAUUGGCUCAGGAUGACUCAGCUGCUCCAGCAUCUACAAUAAGUGAGAAAGCUGAUGCAAAUGUUACUAGUCUACACCGGAUUGAAGAUGGUUCAGUGAUAUCAAAUGAACACACGGUCAAAUGGAGAAUCUUCACUGAUAAAGCCCGAGAUUUUUUCCUGAAAGGAGAACUAGAUGAAGCUGAGAAGUUCUUCAAGGCAGCCUUACAUGAAGCUAAAGAAGGAUUUGGACUGGGAGAUCCACAUGCUGCAUCGGCACUGAACAACUUGGCGGAGUUUUAUAGGUUAAGAAAGGAGUAUGAGAAAGCUGAGCCAUUAUAUGUGGAGGCAAUUGAAAUCCUGGAGCAAUCAUUUGGACCUGAUGAUAUACGGGUUGGAGCAGCUUUGCGUAAUCUUGGACAACAUUAUCAUAUUCAACGCAGAUUUGAUCAAGCUCAGACAUGUUAUGAGCGUGCUUUGAAGAUACAAGGACGUGUGAUGGGGCUUGGUCACCCAGAUUAUGCAAAUACAAUGUACCUUCUUGCCAAGGUGUUAAGUCAACAAAGAAAAGGAAAAGAUGCAGAAGCUCUUAUUCGAGAAUCUAUUAGGAUACUGGAGGAAGCUGGACUUGGUGAAUCACCUACUUGCAUACAAAGGAUGAGGUUUCUCUCUAUGGAGUUGGUGAAGUUAGGUCGACUGGCUGAAGCUGAAAAUUUGCAAAGGAAGAUAUUACAUAGUCUGGAACUUUCGAAGGGAUGGGAUUCAUUGGAUACUACAAUCGCAGCCGAAACGUUAAGUUUUACUCUUCAAACCAUGGGGAAGUUGAAGGAACCAGAAGAAAUAUUGGAAAGAUGCCUCUCAGUCAGAAAAAAGAUUCUCUCCGAAGACCAUUUUCAGGUAGCAGGUAUAUUAGUGCACUUGGCAAGGCUAACUUUGCUUCAAAUUGUUAGUGAUAUCAAAGUGAACAAUGACCUGUCUAGAUCUAACCUUGUCAAGGCAAAACAACUUGUCAAUGAUUCAAUAAGGAUAACAGAAGCAAUAUUGAAUCCUUUGAGGAAAGAUCAGAAAAAACUGAACAGCAGAUUUGCUAUGGAAAUAGAGCGGAUCGCGGCAACAGCUGUACUUUUGCAAGCACUUGAAGUUGUUGGACUUAUUGAAGCUGCAAGAAGAAUACAGGCACCAGCGAAGUGGGUACUCUUGCUAAGGCUUCCUCUGGAACAUAUGAAGCAUGGAUACUUCAAAAUUGAUGUUCUGCGCUUAUCAGACACAUGCCGGCUAUUCAUAUGGCCAGAUAAACACCUCCUAGGUGUUCAAUAUACCACAUUGCGCAUCUAUUAUAAAAAUAAAUUUGAAAAGUUUGAUUAUCAGCAUGUUGAACAGGCUUUGCGCAAGUGUAUUUCACUUUACAAUGAGCCUCAUACACGGAACAUUGUGUCAAAGGCUGUGAGGCAGCACUAUGUUAGAUGCUUGAGUAGCCUCAUCCUUAUUAUUCAGCGCAAUCCCUUGGAUGCACCGCAGCUGCAGGAUCUGCUAGGCGAAUCACAGCAGAUAAUGAAGGAAUUGGAAGAAGAGAACAAUAUGAAAUAAUAAUAUUGAUGGACAAUAUGAACUAAUUGAUUACGUAGGGGAAUAACCAUGUCAUACAAAGUCCGCUUGCUACCCUCAAUACAAAAAAGAGUCAGUUUGCUCAAGUGGCCAAAACGUUGAAACACUUAGUUGGUUUGUUUAUAGCCUUGACCCGUUUCUGCCUAGUAGUUGUAAAAUUUCCGAAGGCUUUGUUUGAUUCCUGAAUGGGAAUCGAAAACUGGAACUAGAAAUGGAGAUCAGUUCCAAUUUUAGCAUUUGGAUGGCAACAGAAUUGCACACUUAAUUAUUCCAAAUUCUGUUUGUUUGAACUCUUUAUAGUUUAUAUAGAAUUACAUUGUAUAUA